AUGCCCACCUUUCACACCUGCACAGAAGCUGUCACUGCAGCCAUCGUCCUGGCAGAAAAUGUCGAUUUGACUGAGAGCACACAUGUCAAAUGGUGCAUUUCCCAGAAAUAUUUUGAUUCAUCUUCAGAUGUCCUGGGAAAUCUCCUUUUACUGACUUCUACUUACCCUAACUGGUUGGAGAUCAGAAUGAGAUCCCCAAAGUGCAUUGGUUUCUGUUGCUUAUUUGUCUGGAUACUGCAUCUCCUGUUAAACACAGUAGUACCUUUGAGUAUGACUGGGUCACUAAACGGAAAAAAUAUAAGUUUGAUGAGAAGAAGUUUUGGCUACUGCUCUGCCUCCAUUUCUGAUAAAUUUAUAGAUGGACUACAUUCAUUCAUAUUCUCUUCCUUGGAUGCAAUAAGUUUGGGCCUCAUGGCCUGGGCUAGUGGCUCCAUGAUCAUUAUCCUACAUAGGCAUAAACUGCGAGUCCAAUACAUCCACAGCAGCAGCCUCUCCAAGCCCCGACGUUCCCACGAAGCCAGAGCCACAGGCACCAUCCUGAUCCUGGUGAGCUCCUUUAUUCUAUUUUACUCAGUCUCCUCCAUUUUUGCUGUCUGUUUUUCUUUGAUGGAUCCUGGCCAGUGGCUGGUGCUCAUCUCUUUGCUUGUGACUUCAUGUUUUCCAACGUUCAGUCCCUUUGUGCUUAUCAGCAGUGACACCCGAGUCUACCACUUCUGCUUUUCCAGCUGGGAAAAAAACAUAGUAUCUUUUUCAAUCUUCUCAUGCAUCUAA